AUGGUCGAGGAGUCUAUCCUGCAAAUCGCUCCGCCCAGCGUGAAUCCGACUGCGUUGGUGGUGAAUACGGCGGCCUGGUUGGCGAUGUUGAUGGGUGACGGGCUGUUGCUUUGGCGUUUCAAGGUGGUGUGGGGCAACUCACUGUACUUUCCCUACGUCGCAGUACCUGCAGUUGCUCUAUACAUUUCGAACGUCGUCAUUGGUGUUUUCACCGCCAUCAUCUUCAAUGUUACGAAUCGCAAUGUAUGGACUGGCCAGGCCAACGAAGACCGAGUAUUCAUGGCUUAUUGGAUGGUCACACUAUCCCUCAAUAUCUACAUUACAACACUCAUCGCAGGCCGCCUCUGGGCUUACCGACGCCGUUUUCACACUCAUUUAGGAUCUGUACACCCAAAGCACUGCACGUCCAUCGGGGGCAUGCUCGUCGAAUCGUGCUCCGCCCUUAUCGUGUUCACCACCCUCCUUGCCAUCACGUACCUCACGAACAGUCCGGCGCAGUACAUGAUGUGCGUUGUCCUCGUCCAGGUGCAGAUCAUUGCGCCGCUCAUGGUCAUGAUCCGCAUCUCGCGUGGGAUAGCCUGGGAUGCGGACGUGACGACGGCGAGCAUGGUUGAGAACGCGAUCGACCGGGCAUUGGAGAGUCUGAAGGUCGAGUCGGGUGGAUUUGGCUCUGCAGCUCGAUUGUCGGCUUGA